AUGGCUGGUAUGAAUGUGACAUAUGAGGAAUCCCUUAAGUUGAUGUUUUUUUUCGAUUUGAAACGUUUGGGAGCGAAAGCGUGUGUUGAAUGGUGCAUGAAAAUGGGUUUAAUUGCUGAUGGACGGAAGUGUGCUGAAUGCGGGCAGGGUAUGAAUUUAACAGAAAGGAAAGAUCUGGGGGAUGGGGUUAAUUGGGUUUGUCGAAGGCAAGGACAUUAUUGCAAAGUAAGUAUUCGGGCAAAUUCAUGGUUUGCAAAUUCUAGGAUGGAUCUGUCUACAGUUUUAUUGGCGACGGCCAUGUGGGUGAAGGGUUGUACUCAUUCAUUUAUAAUGGAAGAGGCCGAUAUCGCCAGGCAAACCGCGACAGACUGGAUGAGUUUUUGUAGGGAGGUAUGUGUUUGUAUGCUUGUGAAUGAAAGUGUUAAACUUGGGGGGCCGGGUAAAAUUGUUGAGAUUGACGAAUCAAAAUUUGGGAAAAGAAAGUAUAAUAAGGGAAAGAUGGUUGAGGGUGCAUGGGUUUUUGGGGGUGUUGAAAGGUAUUCGAACAAAUGUUUUAUGACUGUGGUACAGGAUCGCACAAGUGAAACUUUGCUUUCGGUACUGAAAGAAUGGGUUAUUCCGGGUUCCACAGUAAUGUCUGACUGCUGGAAGUCGUACGAUUGUCUCUCAGAAGAGGGAUUUGUGCACCUGACAGUCAAUCAUAGUCUUACAUUUAAGGACCCGGAUACAGGUGCCCACACGAAUUCAAUCGAGGGGACUUGGGCAGCAUGCAAGAGAUCUCUGAAAGGAACGAGAAGAGUGAAAGACGGUAUGGACGGCUAUUUAGCUGAAUACAUUUGGAGGCGGUGUCACCGGUCCGGGGUUAAAUCCACUACCCGGCAGUUCUUCGAAUCAAUAAUAAAAGUGUACCCGCCUAACAAAGAAAUUGAAAAGGAUGAAUAGCUGCCAUACCGACGAAAAGGAGUAAUAGCUGCCAUACCCACGAAAUUCACAUGGUUA